UGGAUGUCAUUCUGUUCACAGUAACCCGAUAUUCUUGCAAAGGUUCCUUGCUUCUUAGGGAAACCUGAGAUUCUGAUAUCUCCUUCAAUCCAGCCAACCAUUGUUGUUACAUUUUAAAGGUCUCUGAAUCUGGGCGUUUGAAAGUAAACCGGAAUUGCUCUUGUCGACUCUGGUAAUCGGCAGUUUUGUUGUAGUUAUUAGCAUCGCCUUGGUGUCUUUCGGUUUUACGAGGAAUCAUAGAGAGAUUUUGAAAGUUUUAGUUCCUUUGUUUGGUUGGGUUUGGACUCAUAGGUUUUUUGGAGGUUUCUACUGGGGUGUGGUUAAGAUUCUGUCACGAUGACGAUCGAGACCUCUCCAGGAAACUCUGUUUACUUGGAUUCAGUCCAAGAGGGCAAGGUUUCGUAUUUCAGCAACCGUUAUUUACUUGGAUUGACUCUCACUGCUGGUAUUGGGGGAUUGUUGUUUGGAUAUGAUACAGAUCCAUGGACCGGAACUCGGAAGCUUUUGGCGUUUCUUUGGAGAAUUUCUCAAGGUAUAUAUAUUCUGAAGCAAAUCUACAAUUUUCCUUUUCCCUCUUCUGACAACCGUAAGAACAUAAACUACUGGAAGUUUGAAAUAUCCCCAAGGGGAUUGAUUGCAUGUGUUGCCCUUUGGGGAACUGAAUACUGAAUUGGCAAUUGGUAUUCACUAAUAAAUAUGUAAACAAAGUAAACCUAGACCAAACCUACUAAAACCAGAUUUCAGAUGGUGGUUCCUUUUAGAUAGUCCUUAUGUGCCAGGAGUCUCUAAUAAUAAUGGCUUUUUUAGGGAUGACAGAUGAUCAACUUUGAGGGUGCUAACCGGAUCCAUUGGUUUGAAUGGCUCACAAUUAUAGAAAUUUCCAAUGGUCAAAAUCAUUGGUGCUCAAUCAUUAUGACUUCCUUAUGAAUUGGGAAACAUUAGAAGGGAAAGAUAGCCCUACUGGAGAAUUAUUAAACAUUAUGAUAUUUAUUAAGAGAAAAUUUGGGUACCCAAUUCGCGUUCUUAAAUUCACUCUUCCCAACUCUCUUUGACUUUAAUAUAGGAAGGAUAUAAGAGAUAGAGCUGAUCGAGUUCAACUCUCACCUAACAUAGAAUGGUUGAGCAUUGAUGCUCAAACAAACCAACUAGCUGUGCCAGGAUUCAUGGUUUGAGCAACCGUUGUGGUUUCUUAUUAUAAAUUAUCUUUGAAAACUCCUAGCUUAAUUUUUUAAAUUUGUAAUUGAAGAUUCCAUAUUAGUGAGAG